UUGUAGUUAUAACAUUAAUAUUGACCAAAUUAAAAAAUAUAUUAGACUAAGUAUUUGAGUUAAUUAUUCAUGUAAUAGAUAAUUAUUUUAGGUAUUAAUAAUAUUCUAGGUGUUUUGGAUACAUGAUAGGAGAAUAAGAUUGGGUUUGGUACAAGUUUUUUUAGGAUUUUUAUUUUUGAGUUUUUUUGGUAUUCAUUUGGUAUUUAUGUCGGGUUCAGAAUUGUUCAGAUUCAUUUUAAUCGGGCCAGGUUCUGCUCGGAUUUUCAGAAUUGGUUUAUUUGCCCAGCCCUAACAUAUACACACUCCAUGUUGCUUUAUAUUUAUUUUUGUAAAACCACUCAAGAGAAACAGUUAAGAAUAAAAAUUAAAAAAUGAGUUAAGAGAUUUUGUUAAAAGUUGAAGUAUAUUCAAGGAAUUAAAAUGUCAAUUUCUUAAAAUAAAUGUCUUUUUCAUUAUGAUCUUGUGAUCUGAGAGAUUGCAACUAUAGUAUAUUAUAUCCUCAUUUAUCUGAUUGCAGCUUAUAUCAUCUUGAAGGAGAAUUGAAGUAGUUGUGUCUAUCUCAAAUAGGUGGUUCUGUUUUCUUCAGUAUGUCAGACUCGGUGUACAUGUGUUUCAAACUAGAGCAACUCGGAGGAUUGUGUUGUAGUGAUGGAUAAACCUAGACAUCAACAGCUUUUCCAGCAGGGAGCAUGAGUCCUAAUUUUCGACUUCCCAAUCCAAAUGCUUCAGAUGGUUAUGCGGCUUAAGCCAGACAUUAACUACUCCAUUAACGUGUACAGUAUAUGAAAUAUACAUAAGGCCAAUUGAUUUUAGUUACAAUAUAUAGUAGGCCAAUAUAUACGGCCUAUUUGAGUCGGUUAUCAUGUUUAAUAUUUUGACCUAUAAUAUGAGUCGUUUACAAAUCAGAUACUAUGAUAAUCAUGAAUUCUGAAGACGACCUUGUUGACUUCAAGGAGAAGUUGGAUGAAGAUAAAUUGAGCACCAAGUUAUUAUAUUCCUACUGAGAGAUGGUUUACUAAAGAAAAAUGUAAGCUUAGGAUACUUAAGAGUUUUUGCUCAAAAAAAAGGAUAUUUAAGAGUUAUCUAAAUAUUAGUUAUCUAAUGAAUUUAGGAGUUUUUAAUCAUUAUAUAUAAGGAGAUGCUAUAAUGUAGUUAUGAGUGUCUGAGAAAGCUUAAAGGUUUUGUGUGAUUUUGCUUAAGAUUAAUAAGAGAGAUAUUCUUAUUUGUGUUUUUCUUAUAAUCGAGAUCAUAAAACCCAGGUUCUAUAAGCAGCAGUGAUCGAGAAAAAGGAGGUACACAUAUCCUCCAUCUUUCUCUCUCGAAUUAUCAAUAUACAGGGUUAUAAUUCUGAAUAGAAUUAGAUAGAAAAUAUACGAGAGCUAGCAUCUUAUUUUUACUAUCGUUGAUUUCUUUGGAUCGUUUGUGUUAAGUAGGAUUGUGUUCGUUCUACCAAAUUUUCGGUGUUGCUAGCUAGGGUAUCGCGGCUCUUUUAUUAUCCGCAAGAGCAUCUUAUUUUUGUUAUCGUUGAUUUAUGUGGAUCGUUGGUGUUAUUACUAUAGGAUUGUGUUCAUUCUACUGAAUUUUCGGUGUUGGUACGUACUCUGGUUUCGGUUUCGCGGCUCUUUGAUACUAUUAGUAGGAUUGUGUAUGUUCUACUUUGAAGUUUUUUUUUUUUUUGAAUGAAAACUUUGAAGUUUUUAAUAGCAGGGAAACGCAAAUCGUAGUUUUAGAAUCUAAUUUUAGAAAUUUUUACUGUUUGCAGCAACAAUUGCAGAUUGAAAAUCUUUGGAGUGGUAUCGAGACAAGAUUAUUCCGUUCGAGAACGAGACUGUUGAUUUCGUCAGUUGAGAAGAAUAUGGAGUCCAAAUUAUCCACUACUUUGCAAGCAAUAGGCUAUUUAAAGCAGCGAGUUCAGAACCAUUCUGCAAGCUUCCCUGCUGUAGAAGAAAGAUUUAAAAGCAAUGAAAAGCCGGAGUCUAAAGCUAAAUGUAAUGCUGAGACAGAAGCAAAGCUGAAGAACUCAGAGAAAAAUGUGCAGGUUGGUGCUGAAGAAGGGAGGAUUGAUCCCGAUUGUCAAAGAAUAUGUGAUUUGCCAGACGAUUUGCUAUUGCAGAUCUUACUCCACACCCCGACCAAAAAUGCAGUGGCUACUGAGAUCUUGUCUAAACGAUGGCGUCAUGUCUGGAAGAUGCUGGACAAACUCGACUUCAAAGACGACCAAAGCAGCGAGAGCUUUGGGCGAUUUAUUGAAAAGUCACUGCAACUCCAUGAGGCACCAAAACUAGUAACUCUUGUUGUCGAACUGGGUCCAACAUGUGCUGUUGACGUAGACGUCGGAAAGUGGGUUGACAAGGCAGUUAAACACGGUGUGAGAGAGUUGGAUUUCAAUCUCAGUUGGAAAGGAGAGCCCACAAGCUUCUCUAAGAGCCUUUACACAUGCGACACACUCGUUACUUUAACUCUAUCAAACCAGAUUCUCGUAGAUGUUACAUUCCCGGCUACCAUGCCAUCUCUCUUAAAUCUCUCUCUUUUGGACGUGGAGUACAAAGACGAAGACUCUCUUGCUAGGCUUUUAUCAAGUUCCCCUGUUCUCGUCAAACUGAAGGUUGCACGACUUGAUGAGGACAAUUUAACAAACUUUACCGUCAAAGUGCCUUCGUUGAAAAAAUUAACUUAUAAGACUAGAUUUCACGAGGAAGAAGAGGCGGAGGAGGAGGAGGAGGAGGAAGAGGAAAAGGAAGGAGAAGAGGAAUAUCACAUUAGGUCGUUGGUGAUUGAUUGCCCUGCAUUAACACAUUUAAGAAUAUUUGACAAUAGGGCAGACUAUUGUAGUUUGACAGAGAAUAUGUUUUGCCUUGAUAAGGUAUACAUCCCAUACGUUCCUAACCCUGAUGAAAAGUUUCUGACAUGUCUUUCUUCUGUUACACGUCUGUACUUGGAUUUCUCCAAAUCAAUGGUUGCGUGUAGUAACGCCAUCAAUUUCUCUCGGCUCAUAGAAUUAUACUUUACCAUAGAAGAUCCAGUAGAUUGGUUGGAACCAUUUAUUUGUUUGCUUCAAAACUCUCCUAUUCUGAAAGCUCUUACUAUCUUCACCAUUGGAUGUCCUCCAUCUUCAUCUUCGUGGAACCAGCCGAGUACUAUUCCCCCAUGCUUAUCGUCUCAGCUAGAGACUCUUAAGUGGCUAGAUUACGGAGGAAAAGAAGAUGACAAACAACUAAUGACAUACAUUCUGGCUAACUCAAACUGCUUAAAGACGGUGGAUAUCAAGCUCAUACCAACUUGCAAUCUUGAAGAGUGUCAAAAGGAGUUAGAGUCUAUGCCUAGGAUUUCACCAUCAUCUCGCCUUCUUUAUUCCCUCGAGAGGCCUGAAGUUUUUCGUUGGACGGUUUAGAUCAAUGCUCUACAAUUGUUUAGGCGACGUUUAUGAGUGUAGGCAUCGGUCUAGGCAGCAAACCGAUCUUUCUUUUAAAUAAAUCUGAUUUAAGCGGUCUAACCAAGUUGGUUUAAAUCAUUUUAACCGAUUUAAGUUAUUCUAAAUUAGUUUAAUUUGGUUAAAUGAAAUAAGGUCAAAGUGAAUUAUGACUAAUUUGAUUAAUAUAUUAUAUUCACCAUCAAUUUGUCUAUAAACAAGUGAUGAUUUUUGUGUCUCUAAUCCUGAUUCUUUCUAGUAUAUCUCUGUUUUUAAUAUUUUAUUAAUUUAAUUUUUAGUGAAAUACAAAAUUUGAAAAUAAGUAAUAUAACUAUAAGAUAUAUAAUAAAAACUAAUAUUUCGUUAACACCUAAGUUCUAGAUUCCAAAGAAUCAGUCUAGGCGUUUAGUUUAGAUUAUUGGAUGAAAAAGAAUAUUAAUAUUAUUUCUAGAAUGAUCAUAUUAAUAACUUAGAUGUUUUUGUUCUUUUUCAAGUAGAGUCUCGUGGUCAAUGGUGUUUCCCUUUGUCGAUCAUUAUUGUGUCUCUCUUGUCGAAAGUAGUUAUGAGAAUUUGCAUUGAGAGACACAUUUUGUCUUUUCAAUUACAACACAAGGCAUAUUUAUGCUUGUGACACACUUUUUAUGAGUGUUUUACCUAAUUUACUUUCUACUAAGUGUAAACACUAAAGAUUCUAAAGAGAACAAUUAUAAUACUCCUUUUUUAUGUUUCGUUUUUUUCAUCUCUUAAAAUAAAUAUCUAAGAAAUGAAUAAAGUAUUUUGCAAUAACCCAACUUCAGAAAUCUAUGAUCCAAAUUCAAACAGAAAAGGAGGUUCGCAA